CUCAACUAAAUUUUAAAAAUGGCUCGUACUAAGCAAACUGCCCGUAAAUCUACCGGAGGAAAAGCUCCCCGAAAACAACUUGCCACCAAGGCAGCACGAAAGAGUGCCCCAGCAACUGGUGGAGUCAAGAAGCCUCAUCGUUACAGRCCCGGUACCGUCGCUCUUCGUGAGAUCCGUCGUUACCAGAAAUCAACUGAGCUGUUGAUCCGCAAGCUGCCCUUCCAGCGUCUGGUCCGUGAGAUCGCUCAGGACUUCAAGACCGAUCUUCGAUUCCAGAGCUCAGCUGUGAUGGCCCUUCAGGAGGCUAGUGAAGCUUACUUGGUUGGUCUGUUUGAAGACACCAACUUAUGCGCCAUUCACGCCAAGAGAGUCACCAUCAUGCCCAAGGACAUUCAGCUUGCCCGCCGAAUCCGUGGAGAGAGAGCUUAAGUUCUCAGCACCAUAACAAAACAACGGCUCUUUUAGGAGCCACCACAUGACWAAAAAGUCUGAAUCAAUAUGCUUCAAAUUAAAAUGAUAAAAAAAGAGAGUUAAAGAUAAUGAGACAUACAUAACAUGCAUGGUCAUAAAGAAUCAAUUCUUUACAAGCAAAACUUAAAUAGCACUAUCUGUCUUACGCAAAACUAAAUUAUCAUUUUCUCGAGGCCUGAUACAAAAUAAUAUCUGAUUAGUUUUGAAUUAAUUUCUCUAGAUAUUGAAAGUUCUUUCUGCGCGCCAUUUCUCAAACGGCUUACUUAACUCUAGUUUUGGCGCCAAAAGCUUCAAAUAUUAACUGUCCGUUUAUUUUAURUUUUGCUGGUGCUUCUUUUCGAAAUCUUGGAAGUUUAUAUCAUGAGUUUCACCUCCCUAAAAGAUCUUCUAAGGUCCUGGCUAAACAAAUUUUGCUUUCAAACAAUAUUUUCCAUGCGUCUUGGAAACAUGAAAUGUUUCUGCCGCACAGCAAAAAACUUUUUUGCGUCUUGGAAGCAAAAUUUGUUGCACGCAACAGUAUUUCGCAUGGCUAAACUGGGAAACAUGCGCCCGGUAAACAUGUGUCUGCAUAGUUAUUAUGGUGUCUGGAAACAUUUAGCCAGGGCCUAAGCAUAGGCCUAAGGUAAUAACUAUUAAUCAAGUUAAAAAAAACAAUUCGUAGCGCGCUUCCCUGCUAGCAGAGUCUUCCUAGCGUACGUGCAUAUAAAGACUGAACUGUGUAUGUUUUUUACGUUUUCCUUUCAAUGGUUUUCUUUAUUCUCUUCUCUUCUCUUCUCUUCUCUUCUCAGUGCUUCUCUGUCUUCAUUCUAGUCAGCUUUGUAUAAAAAUUCUUUCGGAGUGACAAAUGUUAAAACAAAAACUUUGGACUUCACCAAACUGUACUGUUCAACCUACUCUGGAACCCAGGGAUACAUAACUUUAACCGAGACUAAAUAAUUUUUUAUCCAAAAAAAAAUCAUACCGAGAAAUAAAUGGCCGCGAUAUCAAAAAUAUGUCUAGAAAAAGUUAGAAAAUCAUAUAUACGUGUACGGGAUCGGUCAACGACGCACAAUGGUGAGGCGAAGGUCGGUCUUGUGUGUUUGUGACCUUAGGGAAAAUGAAAAUUUCUCUAGAUUAAAGCAAUACUACACCAAAAUGA